AUGGACGACAAGGCCGGCAUUGCUGUCGCACUUAUGAAAACCGAUAUCAAGAACCCUGUUAAACCUCAAUACGACCGCGUUAUCUUAGUCUUUACAGGCGCUGAAGAACGCAGCAAGAUGGCCCUUGCGAUGUCCGAUUAUCUUAACCGCGCUGAGAAGCAUCAGCCUGCCUUACCAGCUGGGUGGGAAACACGAACUGCAUGGUUCCAGACAAAGACCAACGUUCUGGGCCAGGCAGCGCCCCACGAAAGCUGGUACAAGAACCUUCGACCUACCAAAGAGCUCCCCGUGGCAACUGGAGAGUCUUUAGCAGCAGAAGUCGCCAGGGUUGGCAGAGGUUCUUUCGUGGACGUCUUCCAGGUCGCGCCCUGCGAAGAUAAUGAUGUCUGGGAUUUCAUCAAUGCAUUACCCAAUAUCAAUGUCUACCAUCUCUUCUUUGGUUAUAAUUCCCGACAGGGUAUCGCCACCGACGAUAUGACCCGAGCGAGUAGACUAGCUCUAUCACAGAGGCAAGUUCAGUUUCACAAGACCCUACAGGCCCGCCUCAGCGACAAACAUCCCAGCGCUCGGGCGGUCUUUACCCAGAACGUCCCAUCCUUCGCCAACGCCGGAGCCGGCUCUCAGGAUCUGUCUUGGUGUAGGAAGUAUUUCCCUGAGGAAGACAUCUUAAUGGCGCUGCGGGAUCCUUUCUGGACCGGCCUCAUCACCCUAGCCAACAAGUACGCAGAAAAAGCGACGAAAAUCCAGCAGAUACCCGCUUCACCUGAGGAAUUCAUGACUCAAGUCGUGUCUGCUCGAUUGAAGGAGACGACUCUGCGAGUACAAAUUCUGAAGAUGCUGGAGAGUGCUGUUUCAAAUCAACAGUUUGCACAGGACUCGCCAAGAUCUUAUUCUCGUGUUCGCGAUAUCUUAGUCGAGGAGUUCACCGGAAAGCCAGCACCAACUUUGGAACUGGGAGACGCAAAUCACAUGGCGAUCGUCUUGCAGUAUCUUGACAACGAGACCAAGGACCACAAUAGUUACGCAAUGAGACUUCUGCCGGCCUUGUGUGACACUAGUGAGGAAAACCCCACUCAACCUCCCCGGGUCUCAGCAGGAGCGCCGGCUGCUCAAAGUCCAGAUGGAUGGGUUCUUGCAGGGUGUGAUAUCCAAGACACGAGAGGAUAUAUAGAGGGGCUAUUCCAAGAGAAUGCACUGCCGUGA